GAACUACGGCAGAUCAGCAGAUCGAAAUUGUUCGGGCAUAAUAUAAUUUAUUUCUUAAAAUGAGAUAUGGACAGCUUGUUAUGGGUCCUGCGGGAAGCGGCAAAUCAACCUAUUGUGCUACUAUGCAAAGGCAUGGUUUCGACGAUAAGCGAAUGAUAAAAGUAGUCAACCUUGACCCUGCGGCAGAACAUUUUGAUUACCAGCCUUAUUUGGACAUCCGGGAUCUAAUUCAGCUAGAAGACGCUAUGGAGGACGAAGAGCUUCGUUACGGUCCGAACGGAGGUCUCAUAUUUUGUAUUGAGUAUCUCAUUGAACACUCUGAUUGGUUGCGUGACCAACUGUGUGGCGUCGGUUCUGAUGACGAGGACGACGCUACCGGCAUCGACGAUCCAGACGACGAUUAUGUGCUUUUCGACAUGCCUGGCCAACUUGAAUUGUAUACUCACCUGAAAGCCGGUAAUUCGUUGGCGCGAUUACUUGAAACAUGGAAUUUCCGCCUUUGUUCUGUGUUUCUUGUCGACUCACAGUUUAUGAUCGAUGGCUCAAAAUUUUUAUCCGGUACAAUGGCUGCUUUAAGCGUCAUGGCAAACAUGGAAUUACCCCAUGUUAAUAUACUUAGCAAAAUGGAUUUAUUGAGCAAAGGGUGUCGCGGACAGAUGGACAAAUAUCUCGAUCCUGAUCCUCAUGCAUUACUAGGAGAGGUGACCAAUGAUUCGGCAUGGGGACGCAAAUAUCGUAAACUAUCAGAAACUAUUGGUUUGCUAAUAGAAGAUUUUAGUUUGGUUCGAUUCACUCCACUUAACAUCAACGACGACGAGAAUGUGGCCGAUCUAUUGCUGAUGAUCGACAAUGUCAUUCAAUACGGUGAAGAUGCUGAUGUAAAGGUGCGGGAUUUUGACCCACCGGAGCCGGACGAUGUGGAACCCGAGGAAAAGUUAUAUCUAAAUGAAUAAGCAAACAUCAUUUCCACUUCGUAUUUAUAUUUAAGAUGCAGUUCAAUAAAUUUAAUUGUUUAGGAUUA